UCCCUCUCAUUCCCAACAGCUUGCAGCCUCGUUUGCCUCUCUGCAGCUUCGCUCGCUCCAGAGCUUUAGGAGGGAGGGUGAAGAGGCCGCCAUGUUGGAUCCGGUGACUUCAGUGGCAGCAGCCGGAGCUUAUGCAUGAGGCUGUGUGGAGUCAAGGAGGGCGGACGGUGAAAGAAGAGGAGAGGAAAACAACCUCGACGAGGAAGAGGAAACGGAGGAAGGAGUCGGGGGGAGUACAGGCUAUCACUGUUCGCUACUCGAAGAAGAUGCCCUAAGCAUGGUGGACCGAAAGACGGGCAGCAUCUUUUCAUUUCUUGCACUAGAAAACAGCAGCAGCAGCAGCACAGCAUCUUUUGGAGGAAGCGCGCAAGCGGAGUGGGAGAUGUGUGUAGAUUGAAAAUGGCAAUAUCCUGUUGCCCUGUCAAGAGAAACAAGGAGCUAGAGGACGUGCAGCGAUAUGGAGAGGAUUUGCUAGGAUUAUUACCAGCCCAGCCUUCUCUUCUUUCCUAGACUAGAUGUGCUGAUACCGUAUUUAAGAGAGGACAAUUAUUAUUUUCCCCGAUAUUUAAAGAGGGGUGUGACUUUCCCCCUCCAUAUGCUCCCCCUCCCCAGUAUAUUGGGGAGGGAGGUUAAGGAAAUUCGGAUUAUACGUUGUUUUUUGGAAUGGUGAAGAGCCUUAAUGGAAGAGUGGCACAGAUUGCCCUAAGGCAAUCAGAAAAUUCUGUUUCUGAGGACUUUUCUUCCUCUCCCUCUCUUCUUCACACUCCCCACUUUCUGAAGAGUUGCCACUAAUGCAUUUUCUAAGAGGUGGUGGAGGUGGAGGUGGAGGUGGCGGAGAAGGUGGAGAAGAAGGUGGUGGAGGUGGUGGAUAUUCUCCAGCACUAGAUCUUCAGAAUCCCGUGCUUUUUAUUUUUUGCCCUCCCACCUUCAAAUAGCUUUCUUCCUGCUGCUCUUUCCUUGAAAGUGAAUUGUUGAUGCAAAUGGAAUGGGGACUUUACACUUUAAUGAUGCAGAAGGAUUCAUUUCGGGAUUGGGUUUCAUGAUCUGAAUUUCGAAUGAAGGAGAAGACCUUUAAAAAUCUAUAUGGAUGACAGAAGAGUGGAUUCAGUCUUGGGAUUAAAUUUUAAUUAUUAUUAUUUAAAUGUAUAAAAUAUAUAUUUUCUCUUUUAAAUGUUAUUAAAGGAGAUUUUAGGGUAAUUAUUUUUCUGUAAUACUCUGUAUAUAUUGUAGAUGUAUGUGUGGAAAAACUGACAAAGUUACAGUUCUCAGAAUGGCAGUUCUGAGAUGGAUUAUACCUUCAGUACCAUCUUUAAAACACUGACUUUUCAAAAAAAAAAUUAUAAACUGUAAUAUAUUCUAAUGUGCUAGAUUUGUCAAAGAUAGCACAGAAUAAUAAAGAAGGAAAGUCUGUUAAAAACUGAAGCAGCCAUGUCUGGAGAGGUGCGCUUGAGACAGUUGGAACAGUUUAUUUUGGAUGGGCCAACUCAGACCAAUGGGCAAUGCUUUAGUGUGGAAACCUUGUUGGAUAUACUCAUCUGCCUUUAUGAUGAAUGUAAUAAUUCACCCUUGAGAAGAGAGAAGAAUAUUUUGGAGUUUCUAGAAUGGGGCAAGCCUUUCACAUCUAAGGUGAAGCAGAUGCGAUUGCAUAAAGAUGACUUUGAAAUAUUGAAGGUGAUUGGCCGAGGUGCCUUUGGGGAGGUUGCUGUUGUGAAAUUAAGAAAUGCAGACAAAGUAUUUGCCAUGAAAAUAUUAAAUAAAUGGGAAAUGCUGAAAAGAGCGGAGACAGCUUGUUUUCGAGAAGAGAGGGAUGUUUUGGUGAAUGGGGAUAAUCAGUGGAUUACAACAUUGCACUACGCCUUCCAGGAUGAAAAUUAUUUAUACCUCGUUAUGGAUUAUUAUGUUGGUGGAGAUCUGCUUACCUUGCUCAGUAAGUUUGAGGAUCGGUUGCCUGAAGAAAUGGCUCGCUUUUAUUUAGCUGAAAUGGUGGUAGCCAUUGAUUCUGUACAUCAGCUACAUUAUGUCCACAGGGAUAUCAAACCAGACAAUAUCCUGAUGGAUGUGAAUGGACAUAUUCGGUUAGCAGAUUUUGGUUCUUGUCUGAAGCUGAUGGAAGAUGGAACGGUUCAGUCUUCAGUGGCAGUUGGAACACCAGAUUAUAUCUCUCCAGAAAUUCUGCAAGCCAUGGAAGAUGGGAAAGGAAAAUAUGGUCCCGAAUGUGAUUGGUGGUCCCUUGGUGUUUGCAUGUAUGAAAUGCUUUACGGAGAAACACCUUUUUAUGCUGAAUCUCUGGUGGAGACAUAUGGAAAGAUAAUGAACCACAAAGAGCGAUUUCAGUUUCCUGCCCAAAUGACAGAUGUGUCUGAAAAUGCCAAGGACCUAAUUCGAAGGCUUAUCUGCAGCAGAGAACAUAGACUUGGGCAGAAUGGAAUAGAAGACUUUAAAAGCCACCCAUUUUUUUCAGGGAUUGACUGGGAUAACAUUCAGAACUGUGAAGCACCUUAUAUUCCUGAAGUCAGCAGUCCAACAGAUACAUCGAAUUUUGAUGUAGAUGAUGACUGUUUAAAAAAUUCUGAGACAAUGCCUCCACCAUCACAUACUGCAUUUUCUGGCCAUCACCUACCAUUUAUAGGAUUCACAUAUACAAGUAGCUGUGUCCUUUCGGAUCGUAGUACUCUAAGAUUUGCAGCUGGGCAACGUGUAAUGGAACUUGAUGCCAAUGUUCAAAGAACACUAGAAGAUACCUUAGCUACAGAAGCAUAUGAGAGACGAAUAAGACGUUUAGAACAAGAAAAGCUGGAACUUAGCAGAAAACUUCAAGAGUCCACACAAACAGUCCAGGCCCUACAUUAUUCAACUGUAGAUGGUCCAUUAACAGCAAGCAAAGAUUUAGAAAUUAAAAGCCUGAAGGAUGAAAUUGAAACGUUGAGAAAACAAGUCACUGAUUCUGGGCGAUUAGAGCAGCAACUUGAAGAAGCCAGUUCUGCACAAAGAGAGUUAGAAGAUGCUACCAGACACAUCAAAACUUAUGAGAAGCAAAUAAAAGCACUAAAGCAAGAGCGGGAUGAUCUUAAUAAGGAACUGCUUGACUCCAGCGAGAGGUUAAAGGCACAAACCAAAGAACUGAAAGAUGCACAUAGCCAACGGAAACUGGCCAUGCAGGAAUUCUCUGAGAUGAAUGAGCGACUUACGGAAUUGCAUUCACAAAAACAGAAGCUUACCCGCCAAGUUAGAGAUAAAGAAGAAGAGAUGGAAGUGGUGAUGCAAAAGGCAGAAAGCUUGAGACAAGAAUUACGUAGAACAGACAGAAUAAAGAAAGAACUGGAAGUUCAUGCUGAAGCUGCAACUGCUGAGGCAUCCAAGGACAGGAAGCUGCGUGAAAGAAGUGAGCAAUAUUCUAAGCAGCUGGAAAAUGAAUUAGAAGGACUAAAGCAGAAACAAAUUGGUUGGUCUCCAGGGGUGAGCAGCUCAGAACAUCAGCAGGAAAUAACAAAAUUAAAAGCUGACUUGGAAAAGAAAAUAGUUUUUUAUGAAGAAGAACUGUCUAAACGAGAAGUAAUACAUUCUAAUGAAUUAAAAAAUCUGAAGAAGGAAUUGCGUGAUGCAGAGAUCCAACAACUUGCUCUCAAAAAAGAAAUUCUGAUAUUGAAAGACAAAUUAGAAAAGACAAGAAGAGAAAGCCAAAAUGAAAGGGAGGAGUUUGAAACAGAAUUCAAACAUAAAUAUGAACGGGAGAAGAUUCUGCUGACGGAUGAGAACAAGAAGCUUUCCAAUGAGCUUGACAAGCUUACAGCAAUGUAUGAAAGGCUAAGUAUGAGUAAUCGACAACUUGAAGAAGAGAUGAGAGAUCUUGCUGACAAAAAAGAAUCUGUAGCACACUGGGAAGCCCAGAUUACUGAGAUCAUCCAGUGGGUGAGUGAUGAAAAAGACGCCCGAGGUUAUCUUCAAGCGUUAGCUUCCAAAAUGACCGAAGAACUAGAAGCGUUGAAGAGCUCCAGCUUGGGUGCAAGGGCAACAGACAUGCCUUGGAAGAUGCGUCGCUUUGCAAAACUAGAUAUGUCUGCAAGGUUAGAGCUACAAUCAGCCCUUGAUGCAGAAAUACGAGCCAAGCAAGCCAUUCAGGAAGAGUUAAAUAAAGUUAAAGCUUGUAACAUUGCAACAGAAUGCAAAUUACAGGAAUCUGAAAAGAAGAACUCCGAGCUGUUAUCAGAAAUAGACAGACUGAAAAAAGAGGCAGAAGAACUUCAGUCAGAAAAGGGAGUGAAGCAUCAAGACUCACAAAAUUCUUUCUUGGCAUUUUUGAAUGCACCUACCUCUGCUCUGGAUCAGUUUGAACGCUCUCCCUCCUGUAUUCCAGCCCACAAAGGCAGACGUAUUGAUUCUGUUGAAAAUUUUACCUUAUCUAAUACGCCUUCGCGGGAUGAAGAUAUCAAGUAUCAUCUUCAUUCAAGAUCUAGGUCCCCUUCCACAGCUAGUGACAUUGAGGUUUCAGAUCAUCCUCUGCGUCCAGUUCACACUCCAACCAUGAGAUCACCAUAUAGUGGUUCAGGACUCUCUGUGCCAAAGCCUAAGGCCCAUCAGUUUGUAGUAAAAUCCUUUAAUACCCCUACCAAAUGCAAUCAGUGCACAUCAUUGAUGGUUGGGUUAAUAAGACAGGGUUGUACCUGUGAAGUUUGUGGGUUUUCAUGCCAUGUGACCUGUGCAGACAAAGCACCAGCAGUAUGUCCCAUCCCACCUGAACAGACAAAAGGUCCUCUAGGGAUUGAUCCACAGAAAGGAAUAGGAACUGCUUAUGAAGGGCAUGUCCGAAUCCCUAAGCCAGCUGGAGUGAAGAAAGGCUGGCAGAGAGCCCUGGCUGUUGUCUGUGACUUCAAGCUGUUUCUUUAUGAUAUAGCAGAAGGAAAAGCAUCCCAACCCAGUGUGGUAGUCAGUCAGGUUCUUGAUAUGAGGGAUGAAGAAUUCUCGGUGUGUUCUGUUCUGGCUUCUGAUGUUAUCCAUGCAAACCGAAAAGAUAUUCCCUGUAUUUUUAGAGUUUCAGCUUCUCAGCUAUUAGCAUCAAGUAAUAAGUGUUCGGUCCUGAUCCUAGCUGACAGUGAAAAUGAAAAGAGUAAAUGGGUAGGAGUCUUACAUGAAUUACAUAGGAUUUUAAAGAAGAACAAGCUCAAAGAUCGCUCCGUCUACGCUCCCAAAGAAGCAUAUGAUAGUACCUUACCCCUUAUUAAAACUAGCCAAGCAGCAGCAAUUAUAGAUCAUGAACGAAUAGCUUUGGGCAAUGAAGAAGGGUUAUUUGUUGUUCAUGUUACCAAGGAUGAGAUAAUCCGUGUUGGUGACAAUAAGAAAGUUCAUCAGAUUGAGCUCAUCCCAAAUGAGCAACUUAUUGCAGUGAUUUCGGGACGAAACCGUCAUGUACGACUAUUUCCUGUGACAGCUCUGGAUGGUCGAGAGAUUGAUUUUUAUAAAUUGGCAGAAACUAAAGGUUGCCAAACCAUCGUUUCUGGACAAGUGCGCCAUGGAGCCCUUACUUGCCUGUGUGUAGCAAUGAAAAGACAGGUCCUGUGUUACGAAUUAAAUCAUAGCAAAACACGCCAUAAAAAAAUCAAAGAGAUCCAAGUGGCUGGGAAUGUCCAGUGGAUGGCUAUCUUUAGUGAACGGCUUUGUGUUGGCUACCAGUCAGGAUUCUUAAAGUACCCUUUGUAUGGAGAAGGAAAUCCACAUAGUUUGCUUCAUCCAGAUGAUCACACACUGUCGUUCAUUACACAGCAGCCAACUGAUGCCAUCUGUGCUGUUGAAAUCUCAAAUAAAGAAUACCUGCUGUGUUUUAGCAGUGUAGGGAUUUAUGUGGACUGUCAGGGUCGAAGAUCUAGACAACAAGAACUAAUGUGGCCUGCAGCUCCUUCUUCUUCCUGUUACAAUGCACCAUACCUCUCAGUUUAUAGUGAAAAUGCGGUUGAUAUAUUUGAUGUGAACUCAAUGGAGUGGAUUCAAACCAUCCCCCUCAAGAAGGUACGUCCUUUGAACACAGACGGGUCGCUAAAUGUCCUAGGACUAGAAACUGUUAGAUUAAUCUAUUUCAAAAAUAAGAUGGCAGAGGGGGAUGAGUUGGUGGUUCCUGAGACAUCAGAUAACAGUCGAAAGCAAAUGGUCCGAAAUAUUAAUAAUAAACGGCGCUACUCAUUCCGAGUGCCUGAGGAAGAGAGAAUGCAGCAGAGAAGAGAAAUGCUGAGAGAUCCAGAAAUGAGAAAUAAAUUAAUUUCUCACCCAACUAACUUUAACCAUAUAGCACACAUGGGCCCAGGAGAUGGUAUACAGAUCCUCAAAGACCUGCCCAUGAACCUUCGGCCUCAGGAAAGUCGGGCAAUGUUUAGUGGUUCUGUCAGUAUCCCUUCAAUCACAAAAACCCGGCCUGAGCCUGGACGCUCCAUGAGUGCUAGUAGUGGUUUGGCAGCAAGAACAUCUUCACAAAAUGGUAGUGCUUUGCGGAGAGAAUUCUCAGGAGGUAGCUAUGGAGCAAAGCGUCAGCCAAUGGCAUCCCCUUCAGAUGGCUCUUUGUCUUCUGGUGGCUUGGACCAAGGCAGUGAUGCACCAGUGAGGGACUACGAGAGAGAGGACUCUGACUCUCCAAGGCAUUCUACAGCUUCCAACAGUUCCAACUUGAGCAGCCCUCCCAGUCCCAUUUCUCCUCACAAGACCAAGAGCCUCUCCCUGGAGAGCUCGGACCACGUGAGUUGGGACUCAUGAACUGCUUCGGCAUUCAGAUUUGACAUCUCAGCAGCUUUUGGUCCCCAUGAUUCUCCAUUUGCUCUCAUUCUCAUCUCCUCUCAGCUUCCCUACAAGAAUCAAACUGUGGGUGGGAGGGGGAGGAAGAGAAUGUAUGUGCCAUAAUUGGCACCAGUAGCGCAAUUCUCUUCCCCUCCUAAUAGUAGCCAGCAAACGAAAGAAAACCUGGUGGAGGGCAGCAAGGAGUUGUUGUUAUAUGAGAAAUAUUGGUAAUUUCUAUUAUUAUCAAUUUUAUUUCAUAGGAUUAUGAAAUUCCAUUGUAUGGCAUAUUAUGCAACACAUCACACUGCAAACAAAACAUGGUAGUGUAGGCUGAUAUACACAAUAUGUAACAGGAAACCAGACAGAUUUGCUUUGGUACACGUAGACCCAUAUUAUAUUUUUUCAGAAAUAAGUACAGCAACAUCCUCCAUGUUUGAUAAUAGGGUGAAAUUUGCCCUGCUAAGGAAGAUACACAUGCUUUCAGACACUCUGAAUGUCAGUCUGAUUGCUACCAGUAAAUCUUAUUGAUUUUGGGAAGGGUGGGGUGGAAAUGAUGCAUAUUUUACUAUAAUAGAGUUUAAGUAAAUACACAAAAUUAAGAGUUAGUACAUAUGUAUAUAAUAAAAGGAAAAGCAGCAUUGUAAUGCAGCAGAAGAUGGAUUCCUAUUUAAGAGAUCCUUUAAUUUAAAAUUUGUGGUGUUUCUUUUUUCAUACUAAAUAAUCUAUGGAUUGAGGGUGUGAUCUGAAUUUAGAACAUGGCACUGGAUAAAAAACAUACAGCCUAGAUGAAGACUCCAUCCUCACAAUUUUUCUCUGUGACAUUUCCUCAUCAGUAGAAAAAAACGAAAGCCAUAAGCAUCAUUUUAAAUUAUCUCUGCCUGAUUUCCACUUUAUUUUACAAGCAAAUCCUAUUGUUUACUAGUACACAGAUGAAGUAAACUGAAGGGUAUCCAAACAAUUAUAGAAUCUCCUCAGCUGAAGUAAAUGCAAAUAGAAAUGAAUGAGCUUUUGGAAAAUUAGGGCUAGGCUUUCAAAUCCAUUUUGCCUUUUAAUCACCACAAGCUCUUAAGUAACUUUCUUAGUUAACUAAGAAACUAACCAACAUUCACUGAAUACAAGGAUCAUUCAGUCCAAAAUAGAAGUUCUUGAAACUUAACAUGCCGCUUGUAAAGUUGUUCUUUGCUAAAUUAUUCAAGACUUCUGAAGAUUUUAAUUGUGGUCAUCUGCUUACCCAUCCUGGUCUAGAAUUCCUAUUGUCUUUGAUGUAGAAUUCUGGUGGUUGAAUCUAAUAGAGAAAGCUUAAUCAGAGCACAGCAUUUCUGUCUGAAUAGUUGAGAUCCAUCAUCACCUAGAAAUACAGUGGUAAAGACAACAUGCAGAUGGAGGGGAAAGGCAAACCCCUUUUUUCUUCCGUGUUAUUGAAUAAAAUGAGUACAGUUUGCAUUUUCA